AUGAGUUGGUAUAGUGGUGAGGAAUCGAGUAACUUUAGCUACACGUCCGAAGGUAAUGGUGUAACGGUUGGUGCUUUGCAACAACCGCUUUGGGACACGGCCAGUCCUGCGAGUACUGACGCGAUCGGGCUCGCUGGUACUGUGCUUGAAGUGCCAACAACUGCCAUGGACAUCCAGCUGCUGAACGACGACCACGAGAAGGCGAUUUUGAGUGAUCUAUGCAAAAGUGCUGGAGCGGAAAGUGCGCCGCUGACGACGUUUAGCUACAUCAGCGAGUACAUCUGCUCGAACAACAUCGACAUUUGGCCGGGUGAAGGACCGACGAUGGCGGGUACGGGUUCCUGUAGUGCGGUAUGGAGCGAUCAGCGAUUGCCCAUGUCUAGCUGCAUUCACCAGCAGGUGUACCUCAGGUGCAAGCGAGUGCUGGAGACGAUCAUCGCAAGAAAUGAACAGAUUUUGGCUCUGUUGAGGCAAAAACAUCGCACAAAUAUUAAACAUUAUUCGUGA